AUGGCGCGACGGUCUACGAAGACGCUCGUGUUCUGUCUGUGCAUUUCAGCAUCAUUUUUUCUUAUCAUUACCUUCAAGGUACAACGGCUUUCACUUAUGUUGGCGUUCACGGCGUAUCUGCAUGGCGACAGGGGGUCAGCGCCCCUCGGAAGCCUCCAAAUGAAAGAAACAAUAAACGGAUGGGUGGCGCAGCGGGUAGCGCUGGUGCCACGCAGCACUUCUUGGGUUGUGCAUCUGGUUUUGUUCUGUGUGGACUUUGUUUGUACGUUAUCCCCUUGUUCAGGUGGGUUCCUCCCAAAAACGUGCUCCAGGUGAAGUGCCCGGGGACUAAACCUGCCCCCAGUGUGUGUUACACGGAUUCGAGUCGAGCGCGGCUCACGCUGCAUUAGAUUUCCUCUCCAUCCUCCUUUAUGUCGCUUGAUCUACCUGGGCUUUAUCUGAUUUUUUCGGGGAUGUAACCGCAGUCCCUCGUCCCUCUUUCUUCUGGUAUUUCCUUACCUUUCCAAUCUAUCCUUUCUACCAGCUGCCUCAGUUCCAUGUUUUUAUGGCUCGAUUCCUAUUUGUGUGACACUUUGUUCCUUAGCUGUGAAUGUUUCUUGUGUGCAGUUUUUGAACGUUAGCCUUAGAAUUGUCACAAUUUCUUGCUUAUCCCUUUGAAGCAUACGAGGUCGAAGUUUUGUCCUUUUCAAAUGAUGCAUAUUGUGACCCUGUCGGUGUGUGCAAUGCUCAGGUCGUUGGGGAAUUGGGCCACUUUGAGAGGCAGCAGCUCAACCUUCAUCUGACGGAAGGUCUGUAUCGCGGACACAAAGAGACACUUCGGGACACGAUCCCCGUGAUGGACACUGCGGGAACAGGUGCUCCUGGCGGAGGCUCCUACCCAGUCAUCGUGUGGUGGUCUCCACUGACGGGAGAGACGGGGCGCUUGGGGGAUUGUGGAAGAAACAGGUGCUUCUUCACCAUCAACAGGACUUACUAUCACCACCCAUCCACAAAGGCCUUUCUCUUUUAUGGCACUGACUUUAAUGUAGAAAGCCUUCCGCUUCCUAGAAGGGCACAUCACCACUGGGCCUUGUUCCAUGAAGAGUCACCUAAAAACAACUACAAGCUUUUCCACAAGCCUGUCAUCACUCUCUUCAACCACACAGCCACCUUCAGCCACUUCUCCCAUCUACCCCUGACCACUCAGUACCUUGAGAGCCUGGAUGUGCUCAGAUCCCAUGCCUACUUUGUUCCUUUGUCCAAGAAGAACCUUCUGCGGAAGUCCCUGGCUCCUGUUGUGUACGUACAGUCAGACUGCGAUCCCCCCUCUGAUCGAGACACCUUUGUGCGCCAACUGAUGACCCACAUCCAGGUGGACUCCUAUGGAGAGUGCUUGCACAACAAGGAUCUGCCACCCCAUCUGAAGGAUUUCACUGCCAUGGAUGAACAGGGCUUCUACAGGAUCCUGGCCCAGUACAAGUUCAUCCUGGCCUUCGAGAAUGCUGUUUGUGAUGACUACAUUACAGAGAAGCUGUGGAGGCCCCUCAAACUUGGGGUGGUUCCUGUGUAUUAUGGAGCUCCUAACAUUCACAGGUGGCUCCCGAGCAACGGGAGCGCAAUAGUUGUUCGGCCCAAGGAAUCUCCAGAGAAACUGGCAGAAUACCUGAAGAGGCUGGAUGAAAACGACCAGGAGUAUGAAACCUAUUUGGAAUGGAAGGAGAAGCGUGAAAUCUCAAACCAAAACUUGUUGGCUGAGAUGACGGGCCGGAAAUGGGGCGUCCAAGAUAUUACAAAAGACAGUCACGUCGAUGUUUUUGAGUGCAUGGUGUGCAAGAGGAUAUGGGAGAAUAUUAAUAGACUAAAAGAGGGCCUAACACCUAGAACAUGGCAGGCAGAUGCAAAUCACCUGAAAUGCCCACCCCCAACAACCUUUGACUUUGCUCUAGGUCCUACCAGCUGGACGUCUCAGCGUGGAAUAUGGAGGCCCAGUUACGAACAGUCCAAGAAAGAGGCUAAAGCCCUGCACAUUUUAGCUCAGAGGAAUAAGAACUUUUCAGUGGAAGAAUUUUGGAAACAGGUGUUCAGUGACUGAAAGAGACCAUGAAAUGGAAAACUGAAUUAUCCCUUUUAUAAAACAGGAGCUCUGUUGAUCAGCCUGCAUUUUAACCAUUUCUGGUUCUGUCAGCAGUAGUGUAGCAGUAGCGCAAUAUACAGACCUGGAAUACUCAUGUUUUGACCAUGGUGUAUCAGAAUCAGACUUACGACUCAUAUAUGCCAUAAUACUCUGCAUCUCCUGAAAUUUUGUUACUAAAAAGUGCCUUGGUCUUUUGUCAAU